AUGGUUCGCAAAUUCCAUUCAAGUAUUUCUAUUAACCUAUAUUACAAGUUGAUUUGCAACCCUAGUUUUUAACAUAAUACAUAGCAUUAAGUGGGCAUAUGUAUUAGCAUGUAUUUUCAGUAGAAAGAGUACCAUGUAUAAAACAAGAUGUACAUUAAUUAGGUUUACUUCCAUAACAUCUAGCGCAGGAUCCAUGGCAUUAUAAAGCAGAGACAAUAACAUUUUUAAUUGAAACACUUCCAUUUGAAGAAUUGGUUAUAAAUUUAUUAGAUCCUGUAAUGGUAGUAGAAUUUAUAGUAAAAUUAAAAGUUUUAAUGCUUGCCGUUGUUGUAUAGCAAAAUCCACGAGAGAUGCUAAUCUGUUAUAAACUAUUGAUAUAUAUUAUAUUUGUAUUAGCACCAAUAGUAUAUUAAACAUAAUCUAGAUUGUUCCAGUUUUAAGAAAAUAUGAGAUCAUAUGUUAUAAAAUACAUUGAAUAACUAUUUGUAGAUAAACUAUUUAUAGAAGUCGCUGAUAAGAAUUAGGAAUUCAAAGUUAUAUAGCUUCCUUCUUGUGAUGAACAAUUUAUAUAAUUUGCAGGUAUAUUCGGAUCACCUAUCUAACUUAUGAACCCAUCAGUAUCUAAAUUAUUAAAUCGCUUUAUCGAUGUUAAUUAUGAACUGAUUCUAACCCAUAUGCACGUUAUUUCUUGA